GCUCCCUCUGGUGGGUGUCUCGUGUCAGUCGAGCCGUGUGCCGCGUCGCGGUAGUGUCGUGCAGUAGUGUGUCGUUUCGCGCGUUCCGUCGAGCCACGACGAUGACGUCUUCCUCGUUCUGACUAUGAGCGACGCGCGCUCAUCGCGAAGAUCACCGGGCACGUUCACCCCGUUGUCGUUAUCAUCGCUGUCAUCGUCGUCAUCGUCGCCGCCGCCGCCGCCGCCGCUGUUGUCGUCGUCAUUUAUUCGAUUUCGCACGCGGACCGGGCCGAGCCGGUCGAGCAAGUCGCGCGUCAGGGAUACCAACGGACCCUCGUCGUUCGUUGCCGCAUUUUUCGGCCCCUCGAAAUCCUUCGAUCGCGUUCGGCCGGACGAUCGUUCGCCCAAGUUCGCGUUUCGAUCCGUUCGUGUGUCUGUGUGCGUAAAGGGGGAAACUUCAACGCGUGGAAUAGCCGACCGUGACCGUCGCGAGUGACUGCACGAGGUGUUCCACCGCUAAGGGGGAAAGAAGCCGCAAUUUCCGAAGAGAUUUGCCGACGGGCGAGCGCGUUCCGACCUUGAUUUUUGUGCGCGUGACCCUCGUCGGAGACGAGUGAAGCCGUAGAGGAGACAACAACUCGUUCGUUUAUCGCGCGGACGAAACCCCAAGUGACCGACGGCGCAAGUUUCAAAGUCGUCGCAACGGAAAGCGUAGCGGAGGGUUCGCUCACUACCGGCGUUGCCAACUUUCUCGCGCUUUCGACGGAAGGACCCGGCCGGCGACUACGCCGUCCGUCUUCGAUAUAUCGACGUCCGAGAUCUCAAUCGAUUCUCACGAUCGUCUUCCAUCGAACGAGAGCAUCGGAUUCUACAACGGACGGAUCUUACCCGGGACUUUCGCGAGUGGUCUCUCUUGGAUUUGUCUCCGUCGGAACGGCGCACGAGAUCGCCUCCGGUUUGCCUCACUUUGUCCACGAUAAGUGCGACGUGGAUAUAAACGCGUUCCGCGAUCAGUUUCAACGUUCCUGUCCUAAUUCCAAGGUCAGCUCGCACGCGCGCGCGCGCGCGCGCGCACGUAAACAGCCGCUCGCUCGCUCGGGGAAAAAACAGAGUCCUCGUCGUCGUCGUCGUCGUCGUCGUCGCCGUCGUCGACGACCGUAGCGGCGUGCCGGAUUAGAUUUCGUCGAAGAGCGCGGCGCGCAAAAAGGAGCAAGAAGUGACGGAAUUUAUCGAGAUAUACACACGGAGCUGCUGCCGUAUGUGCACUGUGAACUGACUCUCGCGUGUGUGAGUGCGUGAUCUCCCUCUAAAUCUUUUCCCGUUUGUGCUUCUCGCGAGGUAGAACGAGAUCCGACGGGGUCGACACUUCGCCCCCUUCGGCUUUUUUUUGCCUCGCAACGCUGCUCCAAGCCUGUGGAGCGUCUUUCCGCGAGAAUCGGAGACUGACGAGAGGCGCGCGGAGUCUGUGUAUUUCGCGAUGAGCCGAAGAGCGGUACAUGUCAAGCGGCGAACGUGACCGCCGCAAACUCCUCCUUUCCCCGUUUCGACGCUCCGCGUGUUUCGGCGAGACGAAUCUCGUUAAUACCGCCGCCGAUCGUCAAGAGAGGAGAAUGUCGCGCUAGAACGAGACGGGCUCGACGAUUUUCUUGCCGGCGAAUCGAGCGAAUCUCUACCCUGGACUGAUCGACUCGCGCGCGCGCCUCGAUGGACGUUACAUCGUCGUCGUUUGGAGGGCGGCCUCGCGGGAUGGUAGUAGCCGGCGCCGAGUGCACGGAGCGCAGCGGAUAAUAAAGCGGGAUCGAAGCGAAGCGCAGCGGAAUCGUCGUCGUCGUCGGUGGAGCGACCGACGAGGAGGAAGGACGCGGUUUUGAGGGGAGGCGGCGUACGAACGUCGGGGCCGUAGUCGAUCGUCGGGUUGGUGGCACGUGACAGCGUACCACCACCGCCGCCGCCGCCGCCGCCGCCGUCGCCGUCGCCGUCGCCAAGAUGACCAUGGCGAGCAAUAUCGUGGUCGAGUGGCUGCGGUCGCUCCAUCUCGGCCAGUACUCCGAGUCGUUCAUCGACAACGGCUACGACGACCUUGAGAUCUGUAAACAGAUCGGUGAUCCGGAUCUCGACGCGAUCGGCGUCUUCAAUCAGAAGCACCGCGCGCGCCUGCUGCAAUCGGUCAAGACCCUGCGCGAGGAGGGUGCCGCGAGCGUGUACUUCACGCUGGAGGAGACCGUCGACAACAGCUGCGACAACGUCAGCUCCAAGUCCUCGAGGACGUCGUCCGACAGGCCGCCCAGCGACAAGGAGACGCAGCGAGCGUCGCCCACGGCCAGCUCCUCCAGCGGCGGUCAGGAACUGACCAAGUUCGCGGACGAGUACGAGGAGGGCAAGGCCGAGCUGGUGAGAAUUCCCAGGAUGCAAUUGAGGAUGCUGCUGCAGGAAAAGCUGAGACACGACGGCAUCAGGCUGGCCUGCCAACCCUACACCACACCGGAGGGCGAGAGGGGGUAUUUAGAAGGACUCGCUUCAAGAUAUGCAGAUCUCUUCAGGACACAUUACGGGGAUGUCCUCGAGCCGCUCGAGGAGCUUCGCCGACGAGAAACAAACGCUUCCACCCGAAUGCCCAACACUCAGCUCACCACCAGUCAUUCACAGCCCAUUUACGUGCCCGGAAAAUACUCGCCCUCGAGCUGCCUCAGCGACAAGGAGGAGGACGAAAUCUAUGGCUUCGGAUACGGGGUCUUCAGCAGGCAGAUGCUCCAACAUCGACAGCAGAAGCUCGCACUUGCUACACAAAACACAACCACUGCCGUGACACCGAGUGGACCUCAAACAACUUAUCAAAGUUGUCUGAGCCCGAGAUCUGCGUUCUUCUACGAGUUCCCUCCUAACGAGCAAGGACAAAAUACGAGCAAGAAGAAAACAACGUUUUCGAGAUUGCUACGAGGACUGAAGACACAUAGGAAAGAGAAACAAGGCCAGCAGGCGCAAUCAUCUCCCAGGCAUGGUCGCGCAAGAAUGGGCGUGCCGCAAAGAGUAGACACACCUGACAGUGUUCUUCAAAGUGGUUUGGGUCUUGGACCUGACAUGGGACACACGAUUCUUCGAUCGAUGGUGGAUCCUCGAGAUUACGAUCGACUGAGAUACCUACAAAUGAACGGCGGCCAACCAAAUAGCUUCGAAGAAACCAUUCACAGGCUGAAAGUUCAAGAGGCGCUGCGAAAGAAAGAGCGAUUUCACAAAGAGCACGAGGAGAUACUGAGGGAUAUCCGGCAGGGUUUAAUGCAGCUAGGACGAGACGGACGGGGUCAGCUCCCUGGAGAUGAUACGUACAUGUACGACGAAGACGCGCGAUGCGGAGGUGCAGGUGGUUUAGGUCCCGGACCAGGCGGUCAUUGGUACGACGAACCACCUUACGAGUCGGAUCCCGAGGAUUUUCUUAUGGGAGCUAGCGGCGGCCCGGUACCUACCGCGACUAUUCAGAACGGAAGGGUAUGUUUCACGCUGAAUAUGAAGCCGGAGAAUCGAGGCGAGGGUGUGAUCUCUCUUCGAACAGCCGGCGAUAUCAGUUUGCCGCGCGAUCGCUCGAGAAAAGGUGCGACGUCGACGAUGCGAGGUCUCAUCGUUCCUCAGGGUCACAAUAAUCCGCCGACGAUCAUACCUUUAACACAUUCGAGAGCUUCUCGUGAGAGCGGAGAUUACGCGAGUAGCGACGUGCAGAGUGUGAGCUCGAGACUGUCGACUGUGUCGGUGGACACGAGUAGGAGCGACCAGCCUCCGGUGGGCGGUCGCCAUCCCGAUCGGCCGGAGCAUCACCACGAGCACCGUCACAACCAUCGCCAUCAUCACGAACAUCACCACUCGGUCUCACCCCGACCUAAUCAGCGUCACCCCGCCGCCACUAGCACGACCGUUACCAACACCGUCACCGACGCAACGUCACCACAAAGCAACGCGCAACGCCGCCCGGUUCCCAGAUAUAGUCGGAGUAGCGGCGAGGAGGGACUGUCGCCGAGCCAGAGUAGCGACUAUGAGGAUCAAGAAGAACUCGAGAGUCAACACUCGGCCGCCGUGCAUACAUCGGAGGCCAGCGCCCUGCUCGAGGGCGACGCCAGGGUGGGUAUCGCAGGCCGCGCUAGGAAUUUAAGGCACGACGUGCAACGAAAGAUCUCGAGGCUGCGCCAAGAUCGCGCGUCCUCGGAGGCGUUUCCGUGCAGUGCGAGCAGCGUCGAGAGCCUGCCGAGCGGUAGCGGUUCGAGCACGCAGGCUUUGGUACGCGCGGGAAGCAAUCACAGCUCGAUAUCCUGUGAGGAUAGGGAUGCCGUCAGCCCGACGUCCAUCGGCCCCGUCCUAUGUCGAGCGAGGGCAAUGGUGGAUUACACGCCCAGUCCUUACGACAAGGACGCAUUAAAGUUCAAGAAGGGGGACGUAAUCGAUGUGGUACAAAUGAACAAGAGCGGAUUGUGGAAGGGCGUCGUGCACAACAGGAUAGGCCACUUCAAGUUCAUAAACGUCGAGAUACUGAACGACAGGGUGCCCAGGCGGGGGGAACCGGAGCGGGGCAAAUGGGGUCAAAGAUACAGGCAGAAGCCGGGUUCCGUUCAAGAGCUCUUGCAGAGAAUGAAUCUUCAGGAACAUAUUCCAGUUUUUGUGCUGAACGGAUACGAGGAUCUGGAGCUCUUCAGGGAGUUAGAGGCGGCGGAUCUGGACUAUUUGCGUAUACAUCAACCCGAGCAUCGUGCCAAGAUACUCACCGCCGUGCAACUCCUACACGAGUGUCUUCAGUCGGGUAGCGAGGGUGACUUGGCCUCGAGUUCAGAGGGCGACGAGGUCAGUCGUUUGGUCUUAACCUCCGGCCAGACGUCCGGCCACUGUUCCCCGUUUAACCGACGCCAAUUCCCACGAGAUUCCGGCUGUUACGACGCGCACAAGAAUACAACCAGUCGACGGACCAUCAGUCCGGAAUCGACCACGACGUCGUCGAAGUUGUCGAGGGAGAACAAUCUGGAUAACGCAACGGCGGUCGCGAAGAACACCAACAGCAGUACUGGCGCUACGGACGGUGGUCUGACCGAUACGAAGGACGAUUUUCAUCCCAAUAUACCGAUCUCCAGCUCGGUAGCCGGCCAGAAAGAAAACCAGUUCGAGAAGUCGCCGCUACUGCGGGGUGGCAACGUGCGAUACAUCGCGAAGAGGGGCAAUUUCGGCGAGACGGUGGUGAUCGAGGACGCCUGCGAGGGCGCUCAGAAACUGAGCGGCAUGGUCAAGUACAUGGUUGGUGGUAGUAACGACCUCGGCCUUGAGGGCACCGGCAAUGUCACGAGCCUCAGCCAGCGCGGUUGCCUCAGCGAAAAGUCCAGUGACUCCGGUGUCAGCUCGUCCAGCAUUAGUUCAGCGCCUCCGCCCAGGGACAAAGUACUUGCUACCGCGAGCGCCGCAUCGGACUCGCCGACCAAGAACUUUGGUAGUUUCACCAGAGCGUCGCCGACUUCUCAAAGCGGUAAGAGUCAUGGCAACGAAGGUAGCUAUCAAUGAGGAAAGCAGCAACAAAUCGCCGGUAAGCCGGCGAAUCACGGCGCGACUUUAGGUCAAAGGUAAGAGUUACGGAAAUAAGGGAAUCGCACAAUUAAGCGGCAAUGGAGCGGCCUUAAUUCAAAGGAUUACACGAUCAUGAUCGUCUUCAGGCUACGGUGCCUACGAUUCGCCCACGAGAUAUUUGAGCAUUGUCGGGAUUAAUGAAUAUCUCAAACACUUUAUAUCGAACGGCAAAUACAAUAUUCCCGAAUAAUUACGAUCCUGACGAGCGUACUUGGCAAUAAGAUGUUUCUUCCAUUUUGGAUGACGCAGAAUUAAAGAAAGAAUUUUAAGGAAAUCGCUAACGAUAGGUAAUAAGUUGACAGUUGCCGCUAUGUUCGCUCGUUACAAUUAUCGCGCGCUCAAUAUCGAUUUAAAAUAUAUCGCAAAAGCAAUAUCUCAUUUCCUGUUACUGUUGUUGGUAAAGUACCGAGGGUCUCACUUUGUUUGAUAAUUCCUGUCACGGGCGCGAAUGGAAAUUCUAAUGUCUCUCGAUGUAACAUCUUCCCAAUAUUAACGUCGGGAGGAACAUUUCGUUACUCCGUGUCUUUGGAUGCGCGAUGGGAAGAACUGAGGUAAGAAUUCAACGAAAUUCUGGCAGUUGUAACAAGGGCUCCCCGGAGCAUCGGCGAAGUUUCUUCGCGUUUACGUCCGCGUUCGGUCCGAACAAGAUGCAUCUCGAAUGAGCUCUCGGAAUCUCGAAACCGCCAAGUCACAUCGCGCCUACGUAUAACCGUGUAAUUAAUAAUAAUAAGCGAAUACUAUGUGAUAUGGUAGCAAUAUAACGAUCGAUUAAAGUCGAAUAAGUAGAAAAAAAGAAGAGGAAACAACGGCCGGCGAUCGUCAUUUGCGUCGCGCGAUUCGUCGUCGCGAUCCAUUACGUACAAUAACUGUAAAAAAAUAGAAGAAAAGAAAGGAAAAAACGGAAACACGAACGAAGAUCCAAUAUAACGUUAUGCGUCCGUUAGUUUUGAUUUCGCGUUCGAUAUUAUCUAUCGGUUUCAUCUUUGUGCGGGACGACCUCGCGAUUAAUCAUUUCAACUGCUAUAUAGUUCGCCCGACGAGCGUUCGUCAAAAAACUGCCACAGCGUUAUCGAGUUCUCGUCUCGUUUAACGACGAUCUCUUAUCUCGUAUAUAUUUUGGACUCGCUUUUUUGUACCGUUCGUUCAAUCUCGUCGCUAAAAGGCGAGUGCGUAUAAGCGUACGCAAACGAGACAGUUUUUACGAAUCGUCCUAAGACACUUGAGACAAUUUUUCGCUUAUACAAUACGGCGCGCGAACUCGUGAGGAUCCAUCUUAAAUAAUAGAGAAAUGCGGAUUAUCACAGAAUGCCUUACGAGCGUUUUUCACUUACUUAGCUGAUUUACGCCACUUUUCAAUAAAGCCCGACACUCGAGCGCGUCGACUCUCGCGAGGAAAUAUCUCCUUCUUACUUUCCACCGUUGUUCGCAUGUAUAAUUUUGUACGAGAGAGUAGCGAGAACCCCGGAAGUUUUCAUAUAACGGCGCCGAUUAACGCCGCAUUUGUCACUCGGACUUUGCUUACUGUUUAACGACCGACAAUCCCCCAUCGUCGAUGCGACACGCCAGUUCUUCGACACGAUGGUAAACCAUGUACAUGUGUGUAUAUUGACCACGCCACGGGAGGAAAACGUUGAAAGUUACAGAGAUUUUGUAUGUACAUAAAUAAUAUUACGCGUAGGACUAAACGAUGUUUUGUAUUGACCUUGCCCGUUUGCCAAAACUCAAGACUAUAGACUAUACAAUAUAGACAUAUGCGAUAUGUACACAUUAUAUCGUACCGUUGGAUCUUAUGUACAUCUCUUGUAUAGUGUAAAAUCAUAGAUGAAUUUAUGAGACGCGGGAGCGCAAUCAGAGAAAUGGGCUGCGAGAACAGAUGUACGGGGAGGAGACGGGAAGCCCGAUGGAUAAUAAUAAAUCGUAAGUAAUAAUUUUAGCUGUUACGAGACGCAGCGAAGAGCGUAUUAUUAAUUAAAAUAGGAGAAAAACAAAUUAAACAAAGUACACGAGAGAAACGCGCGCCCGCCGCGAACGAACGAUCGAAACAAUAUCGGCGGACAGCAUGCGGAAGCGAACGGUGAUAUUAGAGAGUUUAUCGCGAUGUCAUAUUACGAUAAACGCCAAGGUCUCAUAUUGACAAAUUAAUCGAAAAAGUAUCUGAAAAAGCAAUUGACACUCACGGUUUCAACCAUUUUAGAUGAUCGGAAGAUAACGAUCGGCAAGAGUGUUCGAUACAUCUUCGUAGGAAUACGAGCGAAUAAAUUUCAUGGCAUGAAUCGACAUGCAUUGGACGUGAGAGUCAAUCAUGCGGAUACCUUCGUACGAGAGCGAUCGAUAUGGGAGUUUGAAAUUAUAAGCUAACUUGAGUGUUUAUCAUAUCUAAAGUAUGCUAUCGCGAUAACGGCCUAUCGAAAAUAUUUCGAACGACACACGCGUACACUUUUUACACAAAUAAUCGCCAUCCACGUAACGUAGAGCGUGCUUCUUCUGCAACGUCAUCGCGCUACGCGAUCGCACCACGAGGAGCGAAUUUUUAGGAGGGGAUACCCGAUCGGCCCGGAAAUCGGCUGUGAUUAGACCGAACGAGUAGUCGCAAGUUGCUUCCAUCGACGUCGAGAUUGAUUAAUGCGAUUAACGCUCGAUCGCGGCCGCAGCGUGCGAUUUUCGUGCCGAGACCGAAGUUUCGCAAUAUCGAGAUUUACGUCGCGUCCCGCCCGCGCGUAAGCUCCAUCAGCGGGCACUUUUUUUAUCGAGUUUGUGCGAUGAUCCGACGAUUCGAAGGAGAGGCGCCGGGAGGACGUUUCCGAUAAACGGUACGUCGAUUCCGGUGAUGUCUGCUAGUUUAUCCGUUCCAUCGAGAGUACCAACAUGUGCAGAGAAUGAGUGAAGUGGCUGUUAUUAAAAGGGAGGGUUGAAACAGCGAGGAAGGAUGAGAGGGAUGAUUGAAAAUUGAGUGUGCGUGUACAUAAGCGCGCGCGCGCGCGCGCGUGUGUGUGUGUGCGUGCGUGCGUGCGUGCGUGCGUGCGUGCUCGCGCGCGCGUGCAUAUGUGUGCAUGUGCGUGUGUGCAUGUAUGCGAAAGAAGAGGAGAGAGAUAGAAAAAAAGUUAAAGGCGAGAGGGGACGACGCGAUGUUAAAUUUAGUAACGAGUUUAUGAGAGUACGAAUAGACACGAUAGUGAUUUUAUUUAGCUCGGGAGAAAGAAAAUUACGCAGCAUUUGAUGUAAAGUAAAAAUCAAUCUAAUCGUAGACCCAAGACGCAGUAAUCGAAAUAGAUAAUUUAAGCGUACCUUAAGGGAGAGAAGCGAGGUUCGUUGACGAAGGAAGGCCUAUGGCGUUGCCUUGCACGAUCUCCCCCUCCCCCCCCCCGAAACGGCGAAGCGCGAUCGCUUAGAUAAAUUUAAUAUUCGUCGAUCGAGAACACGCCACGAAGCGCGGCGUUUAGGGCCGAAUGAAAUUAAGCGUUUACGUAGCGGUCUAGUCCAUUCUUCUCGCGUGAUUAACGAAUAUAAUGUACAUAAAGUAAUAAAAGAAAAAAAAAAAAAAAACGAUGAAAGGACACAACAGAUCUAGAGAGAACGGCGAAUCGCGGCCGCGAAUUAGCGCGCAUCGUCGUACCUUUUUAUAAGCUGAUUUUGUAUUUAUUGAUUAAUUGCGGGGUUUAUAGAUGGUCACACACAUACACACACAAUUCUCAUCGUCUCUCGGUUCUCAUAAUGAUUUCCAAUGAUAAGUGUUAAUUUAUUGACUGUGAAUAGAAAUAAACGAUGGAAGAGAUUCAAACGAGAA